CGCCUCCCGCCGGGGUCGGGGGUCAGCCGCGCCCGCCGGCUCCGGGCGCCCAUGGAGGGCUCGGGGGACGAGGAGCCGGGGCCCGAGGAGCCGCUGCAGCAGCUGGUGAAGCGGCAGCGCAAGGAGAAGCGGGAGCUCCAGGCAAAAAUUCAAGGCAUGAAAAAUGCUGUUCCCAAGAAUGAUAAGAAGAGACGAAAACAGCUGGCAGAUGAAGUUGCUAAACUAGAGGCAGAACUUGAACAGAAGCACAAGGAGGAAUUAAAGCAGCUGAAGGAAGCUUCACCUGAACAGAAUAAGACAGAUUCUAUAGCUGAUGGGGUUGCAAAUAUAGAACUUGAAGGAGUAGAGCAGCAGAUUCAGCAUCAUCGAAUAUCAAAAGCACAGAAGAGGCGGGAGAAAAAAGCUGCUUUGGAGAAAGAAAGAGAAGAAAGAAUAGCUGAAGCUGAGAUACAAAAUUUAACAGGUGCUAGACAUCUUGAAAGUCAGAAACUUGCUUCACUAUUGGCAGCAAGGCACUUGGAGAUUAAACAAAUCCCUUCAGAUGGCCAUUGCAUGUACAGAGCUAUUGAAGAUCAGCUCAAGGAUCACCAAAAUUCCUGGACUGUUGCCACUCUGAGGAACCAAACAGCAAAGUAUAUGCAAAGUCACUCUGAUGACUUCCUGCCUUUUCUUACAAACCCUAAUACUGGAGAUAUGUAUAGCAGAGAGGAAUUUGAGAAAUACUGUGACGACAUAGCAAAUACAGCUGCAUGGGGUGGUCAGCUGGAACUAAGGGCUUUGUCACACAUUUUACAAACACCUAUUGAAGUAGUGCAAAUGGAUUCUCCUCCCAUUAUUGUCGGUGAAGAAUAUUCAGGCAAACCAAUAACACUUGUGUAUAUGAGGCAUGCCUAUGGAUUAGGAGAACAUUACAAUUCUGUAAAAGUUCUAACAGACACUGCUACAGAAAACAGCAGCUAGUAUACAAAAUUGUACAUUCACAUGGAUAACAGUUGCAUCGUGAUGUGUUGGGCUCUGGAAAAUUCGCAGUAAGACUGGAAAGCAAAUGGAAUGGAUUAUAAAUUAAAAAAAAAAAAAAGAGAGAGAGAGACAUUCAAGGUUUGACUGUAAAUCAGAAAUAGCUCUUAAUGUAAAACAAAACCAAACACCAAACCAAAACCAUACAACAGUAUUUUAACUUGUUGGUAUCAAUUAUGUUUAGAAGAUCAUCUGUAAAACGGUGGCUGUGUAGAUCAGUUUUUUUUCAAUAGAGCUUCCUCCCAAUACUGCAGGAAAAAUAUCAAGUCAUGAACAUUUGUUUUGGUUAAUCUGCAUUUCUGGUGAAGAUUCAAGGUUACUUGAAGGUCCCUGUUGAAUUAUUUGUCAGAUUUUCAUGAUAAUGGAAGAGUUCAGGCAUUUGAAAUAACUUACUGUAUUUUGGUUAAGGAAUAUCCUCUGCAGUGUUUCUGUAGUCGUAUCAGGAUCUAAUUACAACAGUGUAGUAUUGAUUAAUUUUUUUGUUUAGGCAGAGAAGAUCUGGCGGUAAAUCCAGCAGCAGAAUAUUUUGGUUGGCUGAAGGAAUUGCACAAUCUUUUUAAAGACUUUCAUGUAAAAUUUUUACCAAGGUUCAAUGUAGGGGGUUUUUUUGCAGUUGACAGUAGGAAUUCAACUGUUGUGCAGGAAGAGCAUUGUUAUUUAUGACUGUACAGUGUACUGUCAGUGCAAGUUAACUGCACUGUUCAUUCUCCAUAGUCUUUCAGCUGUGCAUUUUGGUGAGUGAGAAAUCUUACAGGGCACCUCAGUGUCCUCACUUCAGGUAGUGAAACUCCUCUGAACUCAGAAUUUCUGGAUCUGCUGAUCUAAGCACUUUGUCAUCUAAAGUGUGAUGUUUUAUAAUGCUUAAAACAGCUGGUUACACACAGCUGUAGAAGUAACCACCUGGGGUUUUGUCAGUAACUAAAGGUGAUCUGGAAAAGAAUUAAGUUUGUUUUAAUUGCUUCUUAUGCUGCAUAGAGACUUGAAAGGUUUUAAUAUGGCUUGACUUUUUACAUUAGAAAUGUACAUUGUCAUCUGUAAAUGUGACCUCAAAAUUAGGAGCAUACUGAAACCAAAGUUUUAAUGCAAAUGUUUUUUAACAAGAGAAGUGUUUUUUUAAUUUUUUUAAAGCCUUAGUCAAUAAAAGAAUUGUCUGUAUUUUACUGCUGCUGAGUUGGUUUGGAGAAAAACAGUUCAUGGAAAGAUAAAACACCCUUGCCGUGGUUUGAGGUGUAUGAUCUAACUGUGUGUAUCUUGUAGUCCUUCAAUAAAGCUAGUCUGCAGACUUACAUUCCUGGAAUUUAGAAAAAUCUGCUCUUAAGAGGGAGAUAAGUGAUCACUUUAUGGCUCAAAUUGUGUCUGAUUUAAAGCACUUUGAGAGAGAGGGGGUAAAAAAAAAAAAUCAGAGUUACAGCAAGCAGUUUUUUAGGCUGGUGCCUACUGGAAAACAAAGUAUUAACCAGGAAAUUUUUACUUUCUUAUUUAUCUGUUAUAGUAGAACAAAUAUAGCUGGUUUAUAUACCAAACCAGCUGGCUUACUGUAAAAUUUGGUUUACUACCUUGAUUGUAUAAAAUGAUGGUUUUAAUUUCAAACAAAAAAUAGGAUACAGCAGCUUGGAAAGAAGUAUUUCUGUUCUUAAUAACAUUACAGAUUUCACUAAAAAUAAUAAGUACUCUUCUCUGCAUUGCUUAGAAUAGAUGUGAUAUAAAAUGCACAUGCUGCAUUUUAUGGAUAUUCAGUUCUUUGGCUUAUUUGGGUUUCAGUUUUGUUUGAUUAACUGAGAGAGAAAAGAUGCCAGAAUCGGGGAACACCUGUACCAAGAGUUUGUCAUGUUGAAGAUGUUUACAGUUUGUAUAAAGUUAAAUAAUUUAAUAUAGUGAGUGAAAGAUCUUGCUCAUGCUGGAGACUUGCCAAAAAGUAAUAAAUUGGUUUAUUUGUGGCAAA